AAGACUUUUACUUUGACACAGAACCUAAACGUGAUGGAGAGUUUCCCCUUGCUGGAGGGCACUAAAACUCACUAACAGCUAGAAAAAAAAAGAAGUAAGGGAACCUGGUCGCACUCAGGAAAGAGUCAGCCAAGUCCCAUUGUAAGACAGCACUGCUGGUUUGGAAUAGAAGAAAAAGAUCAUGUGAUAUCGUACAGGAAGUUUCAAGUUUCUACCAUACUAGCCGUGGUUCUUCUUCUGCUGAUGUACAUCAUUAGUUGCUCUAUUAUUAUUUAAUGGGCACAGAGCUUGACUGACUGUUCAACAGAAGAAACUGUAAGGAUGUGGUAUCAGAUCCGGGAGUAUCAAGACUCGUAUUACUCUUCUGUGCGGGAAUUGUACUCUACAAACUUCAGAGAGCACGAAGGAGCUGUGUGUGUCCUAGCCCUGAAACAACACUGGGUUCAGGCUGUGCUACUUGGCCUCUUAAUUCUCUUCCUCUUCCUGUUCGGCUCUCUCCUGGCCUCCAUGCUGUGUCUCGGUGGAGUUCUGCUGGCUGGCAGGUUUGCUGUAUCCUGUCUUUUUGAACAGGGAGUACAACUCGGGCUCCGCGAAGACCUGCAGGACAUUCGGGCAUCUUACAUGCAUCCAGGUCAGGUCAGCUGCUUUUGGGUAGUCGAGUCUAAGGGCUCCUUAGUGGGAACAGUGGGAAUAUUACCCUGUGUGACAGAGCCUGGAGCAUGGGAGUUGAAACGAAUCUCAGUGAGAAAGGAGUUUCGGCACAGAGGCCUUGCCAAAGCACUUUGUCAAACUGCCCUGCAGUUUGCAGCCAGGCAUAAAGUAGAGAGGGUGGUGUUGUUCACCUCUCUGGUGCAGUCAGAUGCUCUUCAACUCUACCACAGCCUGGGAUUCCACAAGGAGGAGGAGUUUGUUUGGCCAUCACGUUGUGCCAGGCUCAUCAACUUCCUUGUGUUUAAAUAUGCAUAUAAAGUUAGGACUGUUUAGUAUAAUUCAGUCCCUCCAGGAUGUCGCAAUUUUGCCAUUGCAGAAAUGAACACAAAAUCAAGCAAACUCCGCAAUAUUUGGAGGAACUUGGAAUUUUUCAAAAUUACCGCAGAUUUUCUGCAGAUUUGGACCAAGAAGCGUCAUGUGACAUCAUCACAACGCACUUUCAGCCAAAGCCCUCUGUGAUUCACAUGCAUCGAUCAUAAGGACAGCUAAAAGGUCUCAUUUAUCAACAAACAUCACUGCAAAAGACCUUGCAAAACAUCUAUCCAUCCAUCCACAUUCUGUACUACUUAUCCUACACAGUGUAGCAGGGAGCCUGGAGCCUAACCCAGGGAACUCGGAGCACAAGGCAGGGGCCACCCUGGAUGGGGUGUCAAACCAUCGCAGGGCACGCUCGCACCCACACACCCAUUCCCACACUAUAGACAAUUUAGAGAUGCCAAUCAGCCUACAGCACAUGUCUUUGGACUGGGGGAGGAAACCCCCAAAGCACGGGGAGAACAUGCAUACUCCGCACACGCAGCGCGGAGAUGCGAGGCAAACGCGUUCUCUACUAAUCCACCGUGACCCCCCACCCUCACCCCAUGCAAAACCCUUCCAUGCAAUUGCAAUUUCGCCAAUUCAUGUAGUUUUCUACAAAAAAAGCACAAAAAUCUCUGCAAGUUGCAUAGCAAAUUUUGGAAAAGGCCGCAGUCAAAUCAAGCCGUUUUGGCCACGACAGUCACAAAAAAAAAAAAAAAAAAACCUUGUCUGUACGGACUGAAAAAUAACAUGUAAAGCUAUAAAAUAAACAGAACAUGUGUGACUCCAGUUUGCAGUGCUGAAUUUUCAAAUAAAUGAUCACAGUAAAACGAUUCUGGGGACACCUUUUUUUGUGAAUAGUUACAUCGUCAUAUGCACAGUAUUCCUUUUUGCUGUUUUAAUCAUAUUUACUAUGAGCACUCAGUGAAGCAUGUUUAAUACUUUUAUUUUGUUCCACCAUUACUUACAACCUGAAUAGUUAAUCUUGUCAUUAUACAUAUAAGAAAUCUAAUCUAAGAACUUUCAAUAUAUAUUUGAGUUUUCCCAACUUUUUAAAAUUACAGUCGCAAAAUUAUUCAUCGCUUAUACCUACAUCAAAUCACUAUUCCUUCAACAUAACAUUGUGUGAACCAUAGUUCUCUUAGUAAUGUCCUGACCACUGAUGCUAAAAUAUACAUGUUUAAAACAA